GUUCCUUCUGUAGUAUCAUAGAUGUAUUUCGACCACCAGCGGCGACACUGAAAUUCCAUUUGCUAAAGAUAAAAUGCAAGUCAACGCAGGAGCGCUGGAGCAAAGCCAUUGAGUCACAAAACCGUACCACUUGCAUUUCUGGAAGUUUACGAUUUCGGAGAUUAACUUAGCAACCCUUAACUUCGACGAGUCAUUGAUAAUCGGUCAUGGGGGGUUUGGCAUAGUUUACAAAGGAACCAUCACUAAUGGGUCAACUCAUUUGGUUGUGGCCAUUAAGCGCCUGGAUUCAACCUCUAAUCAAGGAGCAGCAGAGUUCUGGAAUGAAGUUCAGAUGCUUUCUAAAUUAAGACACUGCCACUUAGUGUCUUUGAUCGGUUAUUGCAAUCAUGGUGAAGAGAUGAUCCUUGUUUACGAAUAUAUGCCCCAUGGAACCCUUGAAGAUCAUCUUCACAAACUUCAAACUCCUUUAUCCUGGAUUCGACGACUGAAAAUAUGCAUAGGGGUUGCUCGUGGCUUAGAUUAUCUUCACACUGGCACAGGUAUUAAGCAUGGUGUUAUACAUCGCGAUGUGAAAACUUCAAACAUCUUGUUAGAUGAUAAUUGGGCUGCAAAGAUUUCCGAUUUUGGAUUGUCCAAACUAGCUCCUAUAAAUCAACCUUUGACUUAUGUCAAGACUUUUGUGAAAGGCACUUUUGGAUACCUAGAUCCAGACUAUUACGCAACGGGUAGGUUGACAAGAAAGUCAGAUGUGUAUGCGUUUGGGGUAGUAUUACUUGAAGUCCUCAGUGGAAAACGAGCAGUGGAUACAAGUCUUGAUGAGGAGCAUUGGGGUUUAGUAAAUUGGGCUCAAGAAUCUAUGAAAGAAGGUAGACUAAAGCAAAUUGUUGAUUAUACUAUAAGAGUGGGAGUGAUGCCUAAAUGUUUGAAGCAGUUUGCACAUCUUGCAAAUCGGUGUGUGCAUAACAAUCCAAAGCAACGGCCUACAAUGGCUGAGGUUGUGGCAUGCCUUGAGUCUAUACUAGUCUUACAUGAGAAAGCCACAGCCAUGUCCAUGACAAGUUUUUGGGGUAGAAGGUUAAACUCUUUGGAGUUAUACUUUGAUACUGUUGGAGGUGAAAAUAGAAUCUUACGCAGGUUUGAGUUUGAAACUAUUAAUGCUGCAACUGAGAAUUUCGCUAAGGAUAAUAGAAUGUUAAGAUGUAGCUUGGCUCCAUUCAUGUACAAGGGAAAGUUACAAAACGGACGAGGAAUAUCAAUUGCUAGAAUAGGUGGUCAAGAUUAUAAAAACGAAGUGUCAUUAAUGGUAAAACUUGAGCAUGAGAAUUUGCUUCCAUUGCUUGGGUAUUCCAUUGAAGGAAAAAAAGUAUUCCUUGUCUAUGACUUCGCAUUCUGUUCCAAUCUACAUCUCUCGAUAUUUGGACUUUUGGACUGGAAUAAGCGCAAGAAAGUAAUAUUGGGUGUUGCUAGGGCAAUUCUUUACCUUCACCAGCAUGAUGUAAUACAUGGUAAUGUCAUACCUGGAAACGUUCUUUUAGAUGAACGUUUCCACCCCAAACUGUCAAAUCUUGAGUUCUCAAGGUGUUUAACAACAAUAAACGAGGCUGUUUAUGUCGAAAUGGAUGCAUUGUGGGAGACCUUGGAAUAUAUCGCACCAGAACUGCAUAAGCAUAAUCGUCAGUCAGCUAAGGCUGAUGUGUAUAGUUUUGGUGUCUUGGUUUUGGAAACCACAACUGGGAGUAGUAUUUACAACUGCUUAGAACGAAAUGUUUGGAAAAAAUGGAUGGAAGGAACAUCUUCAAAUAUACUUGAUCCAGGAAUUCAUGCCAAUCCAAGCUCCAUAACAAGAUUCAUCCACAUCGGGUUGCUGUGUGUUCAAGAAGAUGCAGAUAAAAGACCAACAAUGGAAGAAGUUGUUGGCAUGUUGACUAACAGUUCAUCCCUCACCCUCCCUAUACCAAAAGAAUAUGUGCCACCAAUAGACUAUAAUUAUAGGGCAGUUGAGAAGUUCAUAUCAGAGUUCCGAAGAUUCCUUCAAACCCAUCAAUAGACUCUUAGGAUCAAAGAAAUAAGAUCUUGUAUUGUAUUAUAGGUCUCUUAUUUUCUUUUUUGGUUAAACAAAAACCGGC